AUGACAACCUUCUCGAAUUACACCAAUCUUAGAGACAUCUGGUACACCAUGAUUGGAAUCCCAGGGCUGGAAAAUGCACACCCGUGGAUCUCUAUCCCCAUUUGUUGCAUGUAUAUAGUCGCUGUUUGGGGCAAUACCCUAUUGUUGUUCCUUAUCAUCACCGAGCGCAGUCUUCACGAACCCAUGUAUUUUUUCCUCUCCAUGUUGGCCUUGGCAGAUGUCUUUCUCUCCACAGUCACCACUCCAAAGAUGCUAGCAAUCUUCUGGUUCCAAGCUGGAGGUAUUUCUUUUGGGAGCUGUGUAUCCCAGAUGUUCUUCCUUCACUUCAUCUUUGUGGCGGAGUCUGCCAUAUUGUUGGCCAUGGCAUUUGAUCGCUAUGUAGCCAUCUGUUAUCCACUAAGAUAUACUACUAUUCUAACCCCAUCAAUCAUUGGCAAAAUGGGUAUUGCCUCUGUGACUAGGAGCUUCCUCAUCUGUUUCCCCUUGAUUUUUCUGGUUUAUCGCCUUACUUACUGUGGCAGGAACAUUAUCCGUCACUCAUACUGUGAACACAUGGGUAUUGCCAGGCUAUCCUGUGAUAGCAUAAAAGUCAACAUUUAUUAUGGGGUGAUUGCAGCUCUGUUUUCCACUUGUCUGGAUGUGGUGCUUAUUAUCAUCUCCUAUGCACUUAUACUUUGUGCUGUGUUUAGAAUCCCUUCCCGAGAAGCUCGACUCAAGGCUCUGAGCACCUGUGGCUCCCAUGUCUGUGUCAUACUUUUGUUCUACACACCAGCAUUCUUUUCCUUCUUUGCUCACCGAUUCGGGGGCCACAACAUACCACUCCAUGUACAUAUCCUCCUUGCCAAUCUUUAUGUGGUGGUGCCACCUUGUGUCAACCCCAUCAUUUAUGGGGUUAAGACUAAGCAAAUACAAGAAGUUAUCCAGGUCUUUUCUUUGAGCAAGACAUUUUGUUAA